CAUUGUUUUGAACAGGUCAAGAUGGCGGAGGAGAGCAGGUUGAAGCACAGGAAUCACUGUGAUAAUAACUGCAAAAACGUUGUCUUGGACGAAGGUGUAGAUGGAGUUCAGGACAUAUCCAUUCAGAAAGGCUUAAAAGUUCUGUGUGACAGAGAUGCAAUGCCCUUCGUAGAAGAUCAGAAGAUGGAUGGGCCAGUCCAGAUUGUGGUGGCCAACGAGGAUGAUCAUGGGUUUGCUUUGAACGAGGUUACCCUGGAGGAGCUCCUGCUGCAGGAACACAUCCGAGACCUCAACGUUGUAGUGGUGUCUGUUGCUGGAGCUUUCCGUAAGGGCAAGUCCUUCCUGUUGGAUUUCAUGCUCCGGUACAUGUAUAACAAGAUUUCAGAUUCCUGGCUUGGAGGGAAUGAUGAGCCCCUGACAGGCUUCAGCUGGAGAGGAGGUUGUGAACGUGAAACCACAGGCAUCCUGGCAUGGAGUGAAGUGUUUGUAGUGGAGAAACCUGAUGGAAACAAGGUUGCUGUUUUGCUUAUUGACACACAGGGAGCCUUUGACAGUCAGUCCACCAUUAAGGACUGCGCUACUCUUUUCGCUUUGAGUACCAUGAUCAGCUCUGUGCAGGUAUAUAAUUUAUCCCAAAAUGUACAAGAAGAUGAUCUUCAGCACCUUCAGCUUUUUACAGAAUAUGGAAGACUUGCCAUGGAAGAAGUGUAUUUAAAACCAUUUCAAUCCCUAGUGUUCCUCAUAAGAGACUGGAGUUACCCUUAUGAACAUGCUUAUGGCCUCGAGGGAGGAAAGACAUUCUUAGAUAAAAGGCUUCAGGUGAAACAAAACCAGCAUGAAGAGUUGCAGAAUGUCAGGAAACACAUACACUCCUGCUUCUCAAACAUCAGCUGCUUCCUGCUGCCUCACCCAGGCCUCAGAGUUGCCACAAACCCCAACUUUGAUGGCAGACUCAAUGAUAUUGAUGGCGAUUUUAAAAAGGAGCUGAUCAACCUUGUUCCAUUACUACUGGCCCCUGAAAACCUUGUUGAGAAGGAGAUCAGUGGAUCCAAAGUCACUUGUAGAGAUCUUGUACAAUAUUUUAAAGCCUAUAUGAAGAUAUACCAAGGAGAAGAACUGCCACAUCCUAAGUCAAUGUUACAGGCAACAGCUGAAGCAAACAACCUUGCAGCUAUUGCUGGAGCCAAGGACACGUACAACAAAAAUAUGGAGCAGGUAUGUGGUGGUGACAAGCACUACAUUGCUCCUACAGACCUGGAGAACAGGCAUGCCAAGUACAAGCAGGACUCAGUGCAGCAGUUUCGGUCAGUCAAAAAAAUGGGUGGGGAGGAUUUCUGCCGGCGAUAUCAGGAGCAGCUUGAGGCUGAACUGGAUGAGGCCUAUGCCAAUUUUGUCAAGCACAACGAUGGAAAAAACAUUUUUUAUGCUGCCCGUACACCAGCCACAUUAUUUGCAGUGAUGUUUUCCAUGUAUGUUGCAUCCAUGUUGACCGGUUUUCUUGGCAUAAACUCUGUAGCCACAAUUUGUAAUUUCAUCAUGGGUAUAGCACUGGUGUGUCUGUGCACCUGGGCAUACACCAAGUACUCUGGCGAGUUCAGAGAAGUGGGCAGCAUGAUUGACCAGGUGGCGGAGCUGUUGUGGGAACAGAGGACUCCUAGAAAGGUGCUUUCCAAAGUAUUGCAGCUGGCCAGGAGUCAAAUCUCAUGGGGCUUCGUCUUGCCAGCGCAGAGAAAACGAUUGUCCUCCAACAACAAUGUCAAGAAGAAAAAUUAAAGGCAACAUUUUUUGCUAGCUAUAGGAACUCCUUUUAUGACUUUAUAUACAUAAUUAUACACACAUAUUACAUGCACUUUUUGCUUCAUUACCUAUUGGUUGUAACACCACGCUGAUUUGGUGAUCACUGUAUACUGAUUGAAUUGAAUUCCAUUUUAUUUACAUAGCAUCAUACCAUAUGAAUACGUCUCAAGGCGCUUUACAGAGCCUAACUUGAACUUGAACAGCACAUGUUGGAUGCAGAUCAGCACUUUGGAGUUUUGGACUUUUUUCCCCUCUAAUACUCAUUCUGAAUUAUGGUUUUGUUAUCUGUGUCUGUGGAUGGCUGUACUUACUUUGACUGACAUCUGUUGGAUUUUUAUGAAGACCGUCUCCUCUCCACUCCUUCUUUUUUGCUCCAUAGGAGUUGAAGCCACCUAGCAUUCAUUAGAUGGAGCAUAAAUUCAAGACAGAUAAACAAGGUAAACAAAAGCUUCGCUGGGCAAGUUUGGCAGCACACAACUGACCAUAGUCCUGCCCACCUUUUGUAGUACCAAACUCUACAUACUGAUUGCUAUACUUUAUUUUGUAUAUUGAUUAUCUUAAAUGUCCGGAUGCUCCACUCGCCCCAGGUAGAUGGAAAGGCGUUUGGAUGUUGUAAUUCUAAUGGUAGUUGUGAACUCAGCAGUGCCAUUACCCCUCUUUUCCUGUUGAACUACGUCAUCAUGACUGGAGCUACAGUACAGUAAGUUCUCUUAAUGCGAGAUGAUACACUACCAGUGGAAGGAUGCCCCAUUAAUGAUCAUCCACAUUCAGAUUUUGAGAUUUGAUUAUUCGCAUUCAUAUAUUUUCUGUGAUGUUAAACACUCAAAAGCUUAAUCUGACUUGUCUUAAUGUUGUGCACUGUUGUUCAGUAUACACUACAAACACAAGAACAUUUUACGUCGGCCAGUGUUUUUUUUUUUUUUUUGCAUUAUUCACUGUUGUGUAUUAUUAUGACAUGUCAUCGACAAUUCCAUCCAAUUCCACCAUGACCAAUACGGUGUUAAGUAGGGUUUCCUUUCUUCUUUUUUAAAAAUAACUCAUCACAACUGAGGUCACGUGUUAUGAGUUGUAAAUGUAUAAUUAUAAAAUUUUCGGUAUUUUUUUCAUAGCUUAAAGAACAGUGGUUUUCUGUAGGUCUACUUGCAGUUUAUGUGAAGAAUGCAUUGUCUUGUGUACAUUUCUGAACAUUGUUUUAUUUGCCUUGAGCAUCAAACUAUUCCACCCAUGCUCACCAAGCAAAUGGAAUGUUUAUAAUUCCUUUCUUUUGUUGCAUUGUACAGUUACUUCUGUAAUUUAUUUUUGAAUACUGGAAAAAUAAAACGGCUAUACAUAAA